GGCUUUCAAGGUGCACUGUUCAUUCCAGACCAGCUCUUACUCAUAGAGGAAAUCUGAUCUUCUGCAGCACGGAAACAUCAGCGGUGAGAUGGCGAGACAAAUUCCUUAGGGAGCUGCCUGUUUUCAAGCCAAGUGUUCAUUAUAUGAUCCAGCUGGCUUACAGGGAUCAACAACCCACUUGUGAAUAAUGGUCMAAAACGAAUCCCACCUGGAUGCUUYGACGCUGGCAAUGCUCCAGAAUGAAAAUGUCUCCAUCACCCUCACAAUUGUAUAUUCAGUGGUGGCUUUCAUCAGCAUCCCUGGCAACUUUUUCUCCCUUUUUGUGCUCUGUGUGCACAUCAAACCCAAAACGCCCUCUGUUAUCUUCAUGAUCAACUUAAGCAUCACGGACCUUAUGCUGGCCUGCUGUUUUCCCUUCCAGAUUUCUUAUCACAUCCAAAGAAAUCACUGGAYAUUUAGCAAGACCCUUUGCAGCCUUGUGACAGUGAUGUUCUACUCCAACAUGUAUUCUUCCAUACUGACCAUGACCUUAAUCAGCAUGGAGCGGUACAUGGGUGUGGUACACCCCUUGAAGUUGAUGAAGUGGAGAAGAAAAAGAUAUGCCUUGGCUGCCUGCCUAACUAUGUGGAUUUCCUUGCUACUAGCCUUCUACCCACUAGAAACUACAGAUCUGACCUAUGAAGUGAAAGAAUUAGAGAUUAUAACCUGCUUUGAUGUCCUAAAAUGGGAUAUGCUGCCCAGCUUUGCAGCUUGGGUAGCCUUUCUCCUCACAUUAUUCGUUCUGCUCUUCCUGAUCCCUUUUGUUGUUACGGUGGGAUGCUACAUUGGUAUCAUUAGGAAGCUCAUUCAGACAUCAAACAGAUAUGGCAAUAGGCAGAAGACUAGAGCCAUAUACCUGGCGACAUUCGUCCUUCUGUCCUUCRUCACUUGCUUCGCCCCCAAUAACUUUAUCCUACUUGCACACAUGAUCAUCCGCCUAUUCUACAACCGCAGUUUGUACCAUGCCUACAAGCUCUCCUUGUGCCUCAGUUGCUUCAACAACUGCAUAGAUCCCUUCAUCUAUUAUUUUGCAUCAAAAGAAUUUUAUCAGAAAUGCAUGCAAUUAAUUCACCCUAGGGCACUGCUCAGCGACAGCUUGGAAAACAGAAGGGGAAGUUUAUUCUCUGGCAGGACUAUGUCAGCCAGAUCAAUGUCAAGUGGACCUAUGGAUGGGUUAGAGGGAGUAAACGUCAAUUUGCAAAGGCAGGAAAGUGUUUUUUAGCUUUAGAUGUUCCCAGAAGAAAGACACCAGUGAAACUUAUGAGUAGACACAGAAAAUAUUUCCUUUUGAAUGGACACGUUCAAAAUAUCUUGCUCCAGUGACAGAACUCAAGCCAUGCUUACAUCGCACUUCAGCAUUUUCUGGUUAGAAAUGGAGGUGCUACAGGAACUGAGUUCAAGAAGGCACAGAAGCAAACCCAGCAGGGUUAGCCUGGAAAUAGCCUUGCUGCAUAAGACUGAGAGAUAGGUGUAGAACAGAAGUUACUCUCAGGUUGUAUGGUUGUAUUUAACCGAAGACUUAGUGAAUGUGAAAUGUUAUUGUACACGAAUUAAAGAAUAUACUGAAGCUGGCUUGGGAGUAAGGGAGUUGAUCUCCUAAGCGAUGUGCUAAGCUUUGUUGUUGUUGUUGUUUUUUAUUAUAUUUCUUGUUUUUUAUCAUAUUUCUUUCUCUCCUGUUGUAUUUCUACAAAAGAAUGAAUAAAAAUAGCAUGGCAUUUUACCAGUCAUGCAUAAUGCACAACCAUGGUGAAGUCACCAACACUCAUCCAACUGCUUAUCAGAGUCAAACCACACUGACACUUGAAAAGUUUAGGUUGACUCAUUUUUAUUUCAAUUUUAUACAGCAAAACAUCUCAUACAAUGAAAGGCAAGCUAAAUGAACACUUGCAAAUACUUCAGCAUUUCUUGAAGUUAUUAAUUUCUCAGGACUAUGGGGAGUAGUUUUUUAAGGAAACAGACUUUCCCACAUUUACCUAUUAUAGUACCAAUGCUGCUUGUCUGUGGUUAGUAUCAACAAGUCAUUUUUAUUAAUUCACUCUAGGCUACACAUAGAAGAACCAUCCCCCUCAGCAGAGAAUUUAGCUUUACAUAGUGCCUGGGGAGUGAGUUUUUCUUCCUUACAGAGAUGGUAUGGAUACAAAUAAGAUUUUCAUUUGGAUAAAUGAAAAUUCAACCACGGACUGGAGAGUGAUUCUGUGCCAGCUGAAACCAGCUGAAAAUUUUUUCCUAUGGCCAGAUGUCAGAAACGGACUYCUUGCAGGGAGGCAAACAGAAAGAAGAGAAAAAGGAAAAUAACACUUGAGAAUGGGAACUGUACCAAACACCYUGAAAAUAAUAUGGCAGAUGGAUCAUACAGUCCUGUGUUUGGAACCUUUCUCUGAAAUCUCCUUCUACAACUUGUUUCCAUAUACCAUGCCAUGUUUAAUUCUUAUCACAACUCAACAACUGCCUGUGUGCUUGGAAAGACAGAACAUGCACUGGGGACAGAAAUAAGCUAAGUGGUUCCUGUAGCAGUCACAGCUUUUUAGCAACGUUUCAUCCUCAUUGACAGAAGAGAGCCACAAACCACCUGAGAACACCAGACAAGUUCCUCUCACAAGGAAUAUCUUUUGCUGCACUGCAACUCUAUCCAGCACUGAGGGGGAAGCUGUCUGCAGCAUUGUGGAUGGUUGAUUCAGACAUCCCAUGAUGCACUGACUCCUGAGCUCUUGUGCCUAAGUAACAGGCAACACCCAAGGCCCUUAAAAUCUGCCAUUUUUCUUUGGAUAUCUCAUAAUUAAAAAACAAUUUUCUACCACAAAUCAUCAUGAAUUUCUUCACAAUAGAGGAUGAAAACCACAAAAUGCACUGUGAGAUAUUUGAAUGUCCUAUCUUCUGCUAAAACAUUGUCAGUUUCUGGAGCAGAAUAAAUGUGAGUGGACCAAGCAUUAACGUUCACAAGCCAAUCUGAACAUUCAAUGCUUUGUGGCAUUUCACAGUGUUAAUUUUAAUUGAUCUGCAUAUUUUCUGUGUACAAGGCCAACCUCAGUGAUAUGUAAGCCAUCAAUUUGCCUGGAAGCUACCCUCCACUAUUUACUGUCAUAUGAUUACAGGUUUCUCAUAAUCACAAUUGUUUAAUUGUUUUCUGCAUUUUGUUGUGGAAUAAUUUUUU